AUGGGUUCCCGGGAGACACCUUCUUCUUGCUCUAAGACCUUUGAAACCGUGAACCUGGAGACUUCCGACAGCUCUAAUCCCGACGCUGACAGUCCUCUGGAAGAGCAAUGGCUGAAAUCCUCCCCAGACCUGAAGGAGGAGGACAGUGUGGAUGUGGUACUGGAAGACUGCGAGGAGCCUCUGUCCCCCUCCUCACCCCCCGAAGGCAGAGAGAUCAUCAGGUACGAAGUCAAAGUGAACCAACGGAACAUUGAAGACAUCUGCCUCGGCUGCGGAACUCUCCAGGUGUACACCCAGCACCCCUUGUUUGAGGGGGGGAUAUGUGCCCUGUGUAAGGAUAAGUUCCUGGAGUCCCUCUUCCUGUAUGAUGAUGAUGGACACCAGAGUUACUGCACCAUCUGCUGUUCCGGGGGUACCCUGUUCAUCUGUGAGAGCCCUGACUGUACCAGAUGCUACUGUUUCGAGUGUGUGGACAUUCUGGUGGCCCCCGGAACCUCAGAGCGGAUCAAUGCCAUGGCCUGCUGGGUUUGCUUCCUGUGCCUGCCCUUCUCACGGAGCGGACUGCUGCAGAGGCGCAAGAGGUGGCGGCACCAGCUGAAGGCCUUCCAUGAUCAAGAGGUAGCAGGCCCUAUAGAGAUAUACAAGACAGUGUCCGCGUGGAAGAGACAGCCAGUGCGGGUACUGAGCCUUUUUGGGAAUAUUGAUAAAGUACUAAAGAGUUUGGGCUUUUUGGAAAGCGGUUCUGGUUCUGAGGGAGGAAUGCUGAAGUACGUGGAAGAUGUCACAAAUGUCGUGAGGAGAGACGUGGAGAAAUGGGGCCCCUUUGACCUGGUGUAUGGCUCGACGCAGCCCCUAGGCAGCUCUUGUGAUCGCUGUCCUGGCUGGUACAUGUUCCAAUUCCACCGGAUCCUGCAGUAUGCGCUGCCUCGCCAGGAGAGUCAGCGGCCCUUCUUCUGGAUAUUUAUGGACAAUCUGUUGCUGACUGAGGAUGACCAGGAGACAACUGUCCGCUUCCUUCAGACAGAGACUGUGACCCUCCAGUAUGUCCGUGGCAGAGUCCUCCAGAAUGCUGUGCGGGUGUGGAGCAACAUUCCUGGGCUGAAGAGCAAGCACGCGGUCCUGACCCCACAGGAAGAAGAGACUCUGCAAGCCCAAAUCAGAACCAGAAACAAGCCGGACACCCAGAAAGUUGACCCCCUGGUGAAGAGCUGCCUUCUGCCCCUGAGAGAGUACUUCAAGUAUUUUUCUCAGAACUCACUUCCUCUUUAG